CGCCCGCUGCGCCGCGAGUUGGCUCGACGAACAUAUAAACCACAUCAUCGUCCCACUGAGAUAGCCUCCAAACUACAACUUCACUCUUCCAUCACGAGAAAAAAUGCAGUUCAGCAAGCCGUCCCUCUUUCUCUCCUUGACCUCCAUUUGGUCUCUUGCUACUGCUGCCCCCAAGUUGCGCUGGCCUACACCCUGCGGUACCAUCAACUACGUCAGCAACGAGCAUGGUGUGCUACCACUACUGGUGUAUAGGGAUAACUUCUGUCACUCAGUCGUUCCCGAACACGUAUACCUUGCACAGUGGAACUUCAGCCAAGAUUGCACCUGUACCUUCUAUGCCGAUCCUGAUUGUAAUCCGCAGGGCACUUCAGAAGUGAGAACGGGACCAGGCGAAGGAACGUUUAGUGGAAUUAGGCUUGCAUUCAAGUGUCACUAG